GAAGGGAAAUUUUCUCAAGCAUGAUGCUGCUGCAGACUUUUCUUUCUGCGAAGUUUGUGGAAAGUUUGACUGCAGACUGCAUUGUCCAGAGAGGAUCUGUGCGUGUUUGAGUGACUACGUAGGCUCCAGAGCUAGAACUGCAUCCUCAGUCCAACAGUGAGCUGCUCCUCUGCUGCUCUGCUGCUGCUCCUCUGCUCUGCAUACUGGCACAUCGGCGCAGCUCCACCUCGGGACAGAGACCAGACAUCACAUCAGGCAGUGAGAGGUGCUGUGAAGGUUAUUGACAGACACGAGUCGCCAUGGAGAUGCACCUGCUCAUCACGGCCUGUCUCUUUGGCAGCAUCACCAUAACGCAUCAAACUACUCACAUGAGCUCGGUGUUUACGUUUCUGUUCACGCCUCGCGGGCCUCAGAUGUUUCCGUGUCUGACUUACCUGGAGCGAAACGUCAGGGUGGACUGCGAGUUCCCGCAGACCUACCAGGUCCCCGGCCCCUACUGCGAGUACCGGCAGGACAGCCGCCUGGUGGGCAGCACCUUCCCCAACGCCGUCAUCUACGUGUCCACGGAGGACCGCAGGAGGAGCAACGUCAGCCUGGUCUAUCCCAAUCUGUGCCGCCUCACCUGGGCCCCGAUGGACGACGAGAAGCCUUUCACCUACACCUGCAGGGUUUACCAGGGCAGCAGCUGGAAGGAGAACAGCAUGGCCGUCCAUCACAGGAUUAUUCCAAUCUGCUCUGCGAUCAGUGUGAUGUUCAAAUCGGCGCCGUGGUUUUUGUCGCUGGUGAUGUCACUUCCGGUGGCUGUGGGUCUUCUGAGUCCGUGAACUCUCACUGUCACAUGGUAACGACUCAAUGGACCUUUCUUACAUGAUUUGUGACUCUGGUUUGAUGGUCGCUGGUUGACUCCGUGGUAUGACUUUAUUUUAUUUUUUAGGGCAGAGAAUAAAAGCCAUGAAACCCCCUCUAAUUAAAUUAGACUGGAUGAAAUCAAGGUUUUAUUGAGCUAUUCUUUAAAAACGUACCUUCGAGGUCUGAAAGGUUUUAUGUAAUUCUCACCACUGUACCUUGAACACCAUUGUUUCACAAAAAAAAGGUAAAUAAAUUACUACAUUAUCAA